AUGCCUUGUCUGCUGGUCUGGUCUGGUCUGCCAUGGUGGGGCUCGCAUGAGGAGCCAGGUGCCACCGUAAAUCGCGUUCGACUCUCGGCAAUCAACUCUCUGGCAUUCGACUCUCGGCAUUUGACUCUCGACAAUCGACUAUCUGGCAUUCGACUCUCGGCAAUCCACUCUCGGCAAUCGACGCUCGGCAAUCAACUCCUUGGCAUUCGACUCUCGGCAAUCGACACUCGGCAAUCAGCUCCCAGCUUCAGUGUUCGGCUCCCAGCAUCCGAGUAUCCAGCAAUCCACAACCGAUUGCUUGCACUUGACUCUCGAAACGUAGUGUACGUCAUGGUUCCCACUCGUUUGUACCAUGAUGGCUGGGUUUGUGGUUGA